GCCCCUGCUCUAUAGAAUCGUUCAACUAUUUUAUGUAACGACUGUUGUUUACGCAACCAAUAAUGGUUUUUACGCUUGGUUUCCUUUGGUAAUGGAGACGUUUAAUACGGGUUAUGAUAAAAAUGUCGCAGCUGAUAACUUAUGUGGUUUGAUAAGCAAGUAUAAAGAACUGAAUAAUAAUGACAUGUGCAUAACGUCGGUAAAUGAAUUUUCAGUUUGGGUAAGCCUUAUCCAAGGUGUAAUGUAUGGCGUACUUAUUUUUAUAGUCGCGUGGCUAAACGGGAGAAAGAAAACAGUUUUAAUAAUACUGCUUUUUAUUUCUUCCACUUCUGGAUUCUUCAUCCCACUUGUUCCUGGAAGGAUACUAAGCAUAUGUUUAUUUUGCGGGUUCAUGAUUAACUCCGUUUGUCUUGCAAUUAUUUUCUCCUAUUACGUCGAUAUGUUUCCGACGUCCUAUCGCGGUAUGGCAGCGUGCUUAGGAGUAAUGGUAGCCCGAAUAAGCGCGCUAGCUGGCACGAAUCUUGUCGGAGCUUAUCUAGUAACGCAUUGCGCUAACUCAUUAUAUUCUUGGAGUGCAUUUGUAUUAAGCGGUCUCAUCGUAUCCUGUUUCCUACCACCAGAUAAACCUAAGAAAUGACAUUUAAUAUUCUAAUGAUAGAUAUAAUACUUAUUAUAAACAAUUUAUGCUAUGUUUCAAUUAAAAGUCAUAUCUCGCCCACGUGAUCUCUUUCUUUCUUCUUUCUCUUUGAAAGUGCUUAUUUAGUUUUUUCGAUAUAAGGUACAUAAAUUGUUAUUAUGUUUUAAGUAACUGGGUAUGAGAC